AGCGUUCAGACGAACAACACAUCAAAUGGUGGGCCCGACCUUAGGGUACUACUCUCCUAUCCUACCCAGCUCAGUUCACUUCCAUGGAGAUCAGCUCACAGUUAACUUCUGAAAUGGACUCCGUUUAGAAGUAUAAGGACAUGAAAGGCGUGGCGCUGGGGGAGAGGAGAGAAGGGAUUUAUUAAAACAGCAGGACAGAUGACGGUUGGCGGUUGGACUCGAGCCAAAGAGGAACUCGGAACGCACCCAUUCGCAGCCUGACAGGAUUUGGAAACCUCAGGUGGGGAGUGGACUAGACAGCUAUUCAAAAAUCAUAACAAGAACAUUAAACAAGAUUGGUGUGUCUUUCAUCCAAUAUUUUGGCAAAAAGAUUUUACUACACUUUUUAAAUUAAACUCAUGAUCCUUUGGCCCCAACUGCCUACAUAGGAUUUGAAAAUCUGGAAUAACGGUAGGAGGAUUGAUGUCUUCCACCACAACCAAGGCAGGCGACUGUGUCCGGUUAUCAUCAGGCUUAAAGUGAAUGGUGUUGGAGCGUUUACCUUCAUGGAGCCAGACCCUAAUCUAGUCACGGCUCAGAUUAUAGAUUAUUGUGCUUGACUGAGUUCCUAAAGUAACAGGACUAUAUAUUCAUUAAAUGAACUCUCCCUCCAGACAGAGAGGCUGCUGAAGCCUUGAAGACUCGUGAGUAGGUGUGUGUGAGGUGAGUGCGUGUGUGUGUGUGUGUGUGCGUGCGCGCGUGUGUGUGUGCGUGCGUGUGCGUGCUUGUGUGUGUGUGUGUUUGUGUGUUAUAAAUGGAGAGGCAGGGCCGUCUUGGGGACUCGGCACUGUAUGACUUUGUCAGUGAUAUAAACCUCAUGGAGAUUCACCCAAAGUCCACUUCGGGUUCAAAACAGCUCAUGGACAGCUUUCUCCCAGCCACUGGCUACCGGGGCCGGUACUAUAACCUCUCCUAUGUUAACGGGAGCCACCGGGAAACAGGUACAAGCGAGGGGGAACAAACCGGACAUGGACAUCCCCUGCAUGAGAUGGCCACAGGGAGCACAUCUGCCUACACCUACUACAGCCCAGGCUCUUUCUCACACACAUCUCACACACACACCUCAGACACACACACCGGGCGGUCGAAGCGGAGGCGUGUGAUCAAUGUGGGCCAGCGUCAGGCGGCGAACGUCCGGGAGAGGAAGAGGAUGUUCAGUCUCAACGAGGCAUUUGACGAGCUGCGGAGAAAAGUGCCGACCUUUGCUUACGAGAAGAGGCUGUCACGCAUCGAGACGCUCCGCCUCGCCAUCAUUUACAUCUCCUUCAUGACGGACCUGUUAGAGAACACCUGACAUGAUCAGGAUCACAUAGAUCCAUCAGGGUGAUCAGAGCCAGGUCAAUUAAUCAGACUGGUGAGUUUGAUUGAUGCUUCACCUCGGCAUCUUUUACAACUCCUUCAUGACGGACCUGUCAGAGAACACCUGACCUGAUCUAUCAGGGUGAUCAGAACCAGAUUGAUUGAGUAAUUGGUUAAUUGAUCAGAUAUUCAGUUCAUGGCGGACCUAUACUGGUAAACAGCUGAUCAGGAUCUAUCUGAGUGAUCAGAUAUCAGAUUGACUACAUCGAUUAUAUCAUAUGUAUUUAUGGAAUAUAAAGUUUUAGAAUGGGGCUAUGGUUGUAAACAUAUAUACAUUUAAUAAUAUCAAGUAGCUAUUUAUGCUGUUUUUAUAGUGUUGUAGAAAUGUGUUAUUAACAUUAUUCCAAGUGAAAUUAUGUGUGCCAGAGCAACAAAAAAAACGCUUGUUUUGUUUUAAUAGGUAAAACUGGGUUGAUUUUCAUGGAUUUAAUUAUAAUGGGAAAUCAAAGAGAUUAGAAAACGUAACUGACGUUAUUAAAAAAUAUGUGGGUUAGGGGAGGGAACAGGAUCCAACCCAACGAGGUUAGUCUGUGCAUAAUAAGGGGAUCCAGAUAGGGACAGAUUUACUUCUCAUGUUUAUGUAUCUAUCGAGGUGCUAAUAUUAUGAGAGGGUUUCAGGGUAGAGAUAAAAAUGUUGGGUAGGAGGGUGAUUAGAGAGAUUUACCCAGAGGAGGCUGCUGGGAGGAGCUAUAGGAGGACGGGCUCAUUGGAAUGGCUGGCAUGGAAUCAAUGGAACAGUA